GCGCCAAGAUGGCGGCGCUGCGGGACGGAGACUUCGCGGCGCUGCAGAUCCUGCUGAAGGCGCCGUCGAAGGACGCUGUGCGGCAGCUGUGCCAGGAGUGCUUCUCCAGCCCGCCCGCCGCGCUCGGCCCGCUGGCGCAGCGCGCCUGCCCCGGGCUCGCCGUCAGCGCCGAGGAAGCGGAGCAGCUGGUGUCUGCUCUGCACAACCUCACCAGGCACGUGGUGUACCGCGGCUUGACCGCGCCAGAAGACAUCCUCCGUCUCUUCCCAGAGAACUUCCACCAAAAUCUGAAAAACCUCUUGACUAAGAUAAUCUUGGAGAAUAUCUCUUCUUGGAGAAAUGAAGCACAAGCCAGUCAGAUCUCCCUGCCUCGGCUGGUGGACAUGGACUGGAGGGUGGACAUCAAGACAUCUUCAGACAGCAUCGUAAGAAUGGCAGUCCCUACCUGCCUGCUGCAGCUAAAGAUUCAGGAAGAUGCUGCCUUAUGUGGAAAUAAUCCUGUUGUUUCUGCACUGACUGUGGAACUGAGCAAAGAAACCCUGGACACUAUGUUAGAAGGUCUGGGAAGGAUUCGGGACCAACUUUCUGCCGUUGCAAACAAAUGAAUGCUCAGGGC